CUCUCUUCCUUCUCCACCCCCUCCCUCCCUCUGCCAAAUGCUCUAAUCUAGGAGGAGGAGAAGAAGAAGAAUUAAUUUCAACAUUUUUGUUGCAACCAUGAACAACACCAAUGAAUGUUGUUGCAACGAUGAAAAUGGGAAAAUCGUUGUUGGGGUGCCCUUAGUUUUCAAUUUCUUCGAUAAGAACACCAACAAUAUUGAGAAGAGUCUCAAGGUCCAAUUAGAGAAGAAGAACCAAUUAGAAGAUCAUGAUUGUGACCAAGAAGAUGAUGAUGAUGAUCUUGAGGCCACAUCUUUGGGAGACGCAGCCCCGAGUCCUGCUGAGAUCAAGCUCAAGGCGGAGAAGUCAUUGCUCGAGUUUCGUUGCAAGGUUGAGGAUGCCAUUCUUGGGAACUAUCUGUUAGGAGAACAAGAUCAUGAGAAACUUGCGCCACAAGAAAUAGUAGUGGCAAGGGAACAGAUUAGAGAGAUUACUCUCUGGGGCGUUCCUUUGUUGCCAAGCAAGGCUCAUAAGGGAACUGAUGUUGUUUUGAGGAAAUUCUUGAAGGCCAAGGAUUUCAAGGUGAGUGAGGCAUUUGACAUGCUGCAGAAGACACUUGUGUGGCGGCGCGAGAACAAUGUUGAUAGGAUCAUUGAUGAGGAUUUGGGGGCUGAGUUUGGAAAUAAUAAUGCAGGAUUCUUGUGCAGUAAAGAUAGGGAAGGUCGUCCUGUGUGUUACCAUGUUUGUGGGAUUUUCAAAGACAGGCGCGUCUAUAAGAAGACCUUUGGAUCAGAUAACAAAUGUGACAAGUAUUUGAGGUGGAGAAUUCAAUUGAUUGAAAAGGCUGUGAAGAAGCUUUGCUUUAGGGAAGGAGGAGUGAACUCUGUACUUCAGGUUUUUGAUUUGAGGAACACACCAAUGCAAGGAACCAAGGAGCUCAACUCACUCAGCAAAAGGGCUCUAAUUUUGUUUCAGAAUUACUACCCUGAGAUCAUUCACAAAAAUAUUAUAGUAUAUGCUCCAUUUUGGUUCUACACUUCUCAAGUGCUAUUCUCAAGGUUCAUGAAUCAGAGAAAUAAAAAGAAGUUCAUCUUAGCUAGGCCACAGAAGGUCACACAGACACUUCUUAAGUUUAUAGCCCCAGAGCACCUUCCAACUGAAUAUGGUGGUGUAAGGAGGAACAAUGAUGAAGAUUUUUCACCUUCUGAUAAGGUUUCAGAGCAUAAAAUCAAAGGAAGUACGGUUUCGAAAGUUGAAUUUCCGGUCAAAGAGCUUGGAGUGACAAUAAUGUGGGAUGUAACUGUGGUGGGAUGGAAUGUGUCCUACAAGGAAGAGUUCAUUCCAGAUGAUGAAGGCUCAUACAGUGUAUUAUUGCAAAACCAAAGUGUAGAUGGUAGCAGCACUAGAAACUCCUUUUACAUCAGUGAACCUGGGAAGAUAGUGAUAACAGUUGAAAAUGGAACCUAUAAGAAGAAAAAAAUGUUCUAUAGAUUUACAGCUAGAACCACUGUUCCAAUGUUCUUCUUGUUACAGUAGCAAUUUGAUUUGAAGAUAUUGUACAUUCACACUCAGUUAUACCAACAUGAAAUUGCUGGCAGAAUAGACCCCUUUUACUCACUGCUAAAGAUUCAAAAGGUUUUAGUUCACGGCUGCUAGAAUUGAUUCUUUGCAUAUCCAUAUGUUUCUAAUGGGUUUUUUUUUUUAACAUUUGGGACACAAAGCCAUGAAUUAAUGGAAUAGAAGAUUUUAUGUUACAUACUUU